AUGCUGCGCUCCCCGAGCGCCCUCGGCGCCGCCGCUCCCGGUGCUGCAGCCGCUCGGCGGAGCGGGGCCGGCGGCUCCGCCCAGGGGGCGGGGGGGAAGCCGGGCCGGGCCGGGCCGGGCGAGGCGCAGAGCCCCGGCCGCCCCCGCCGCACCCACCGCCGCGCCCCGGGGAGAUGCUCCGCCCGAGAGCGAGAUUUCCCCGCUCCUGGGCAGGGCGAGCUGCCGGCCGCCCCGGGCUGCACCGGGACACGGCUCUUGUGGGUGACUCCCAGCCCUGUCUCAACAGAGUUGAUGGCCUCCACUGACUAUUACCCCUGGGAGUAUGGUUACUCUGGCGAGGCCGGCAUGCUGCCUGAGCUCUGUGAGAAGCAGGAAAUACAGAGCUUCGCCCGCACCUUCCAGCCUGCCGUGUACCUGCUGCUCUCACUGCUGGGCACAGUGGGGAAUGGGCUGGUGCUGCUCACACAUAUCCUCUACCGCCGGGCACACAGCGUCACCGAUGUCUGCCUCCUGCACCUCGCUCUGUCUGACCUCCUGCUGCUCCUGACGCUGCCCUUCGCCAUCACCGACACGCUGCAGGGCUGGUCCCCGGGCACAGCAGUCUGCAAGGCGCUGCAGGGUCUCUACGCCCUUAAUUUCUACAGCGGCUUCCUCUUCCUCACCUGCAUCAGCGUGGAUCGCUAUGUGGCCAUUGUGCGGGUGCCCACUGCCUGCCGCCUGCGCCCACGAGCUCGCCGCUAUGGCUGGCUGACGGCGGGGCUGGCCUGGCUGCUGGCCACGCUGCUCGCCAUGCCCCAGUUCAUCUACAGCCAGGCAGAGCAGCACCAGGGUAUCCGCCUCUGUCGUGUCGUCUUCCCCCGUGUGGUCUCACGGGAAGCCCGGGGGGCCACCAACCUGGUGCAGGUGGUGCUCGGCUUCGCGCUGCCCUUCCUGGUGAUGGCAAGCUGCUACGCAGCUGUGGCACGAACACUGCUGGCGACCCGCGGUGCGCAGCCCCACCGGGCGCUGCGAGUGCUGCUGGCCCUCGUGCUGGUUUUUGUGGCCCUGCAGCUGCCCCACAGCCUGAUGGUGCUGCUGGACGCGGCCGAGCUGCUGGCCAGCUGGGAGAUGAGCUGCCCCCAGAGCCGCAGCAAGGACCUGGCGCUGCUGGUCACCGGCGGGCUGGCGUACCUGCGCUGCUGCCUCAACCCCCUGCUCUACGCCUUCCUUGGCCAGCGCUUCCGCCGGGAGCUGUGGCUGCUCGCCAGCGACGCCGGCUGUGUUGGGUCCCCCGACCCGCGCUGCUCCGGCUGCUCCAGGCCCCGCCGGCGGACAUCGCUCUCCAGCGGCUUGGACGUGGUGUAGGAGCGCAGCGCCCGCGGCCGGGGCAGGGACCGGCGCCGCGGGGUUCGGUCCCUCCGAGACUCCCCGGGGACAGCGCCGUCCGUGCACGGACCUGCACCAGACAGCCCGCACGGCGCCUGCACACGCCUGGGCGGAGGGAAGAGCAGCCCUGCAGCGCCUGCAUACCCUGCGAAUGCCUUCAGUGCCCGGCCACCCGCCGGGCUGCGGUCCCCGCAAUGUCACGCGUGUUUCAGGGGAACCCGCAAUGUCACGCGCGUCGAGGGCCAUGCAAUGUAUCAUGUCCUGUGCGGGUCCUGGCGGUGCCGUGAGCCGGGUGGGUGGGUGCAGCAGGCAGGCAGCUGGUUCCCACUCUCACAAAUAAACCCCGAACGCGUCCCGGUG